AUGGGGGAGUCCAACUCCUUGGUUACGGGAGACCGCGCUGGCGGCCGGAGGUGGUGCUUACGGCGGGUGGGGAUGACCGCCGAGUGGCUGCUGCUAGAGAAUGGGAGCGAGGUGACUAUUGGGCGAGGAUUUGGUGUCACAUAUCAACUGGUAUCAAAAAGCUGCCCAUUGAUGAUUUCCCGAAACCACUGUGUUUUGAAACAGAAUGCUGAAGGCCAUUGGACAAUUAUGGACAACAAGAGUCUGAAUGGUGUUUGGCUGAACAGAGAACGUCUGGAACCUUUAAAGAUCUAUUCCAUCCAGAAGGGAGACCACAUCCAACUUGGGGUGCCCCUGGAAAACAAGGAGAAUGCAGAGUAUGAAUAUGAAGUUACUGAAGAAGACUGGAAGAGAAUGUAUCCCUGUCUUGCCCCAAAGAAUGACCAUAUGGUAGAAAAAAAUAAGGAUUUGAGAACUAAAAGGAAAUUUAGUUUGGAUGAAUUGGGUGAUCCUGGAGCUGAAGGCCCCUCAAAUUCAAAAUUUAAAAUUAGUAGUAUGUCUUGUGAAUCUGGUCAGCCAGUGAAGUCACAGGAGAAAGGUGAGGUGGCCAGUCAGCUCUCUGAAGAUUUGGAUCCUAAGUUGACUUCUCAUGAGCCCAGUGAGAAAACCACAGGGGUUCAUAUUUGUGCUGAUCCCCCGCAAGUUGUAGAGCUUCAUGGUAAGACACAGCAAGCCUCCAGCUCUUCUAUUUCUCAGAAUAGCUUAGAUCUGUUGAAGGCAACUAUGUCUAGGAUUCUGAAGCUGAAAACAGAAAUGCAGAAAAAGCAGGUAGCUGUUCUGAAUGUUAAAAAGCAGAACCAAAAGGAGCACUCAAAAAAAAUUGUGAAAAUGGAGCAGGAACUACAGGACUUACAGUCCCAGCUUUGUGAAGAACAGGCCCAGCAGCAAGCGAGAGUGGAGCAACUAGAAAAGACCUUCCAGGAAGAGGAGCCACAUCUCCAGGGUUUGGAGAAAGAGCAAGGAGAAGAGGACCUGAAGCAACAGUUGGUCCAGGCUCUACAGGAGCACCGGGCUCUAAUGGAAGAGCUAAAUCGCAGCAAGAAGAAUUUUGAAGCAAUCAUUCAAGCCAAGAACAGAGAACUGGAGCAGACCAAGGAAGAGAAGAAGAAGGUGCAGGCACAGAAAGAGGAAGUUCUUAACCACAUGAAUGAUGUGCUAGAGAAUGAGCUCCAGUGUAUUAUUUGUUCCGAAUACUUCAUUGAGGCUCUCACCUUGAACUGUGCCCACAGUUUCUGCUCCUACUGUAUCAACGAAUGGAUGAAGCGCAAGAGGGAGUGCCCUAUUUGUCGGAAGGACAUCAUCUCCAAAACUCACUCCCUGGUUCUGGACAAUUGCAUUAGUAAAAUGGUAGAUAGUCUGAGUUCAGAAGUGAGAGAUCGGCGAGCUAACCUCAUUAAGGAACGACGGGGUGAGUGGUUAUGA